AUGUCACGUCGUGUAGAAUACGAACCCCAUACUGGAGAUCCAGAGAAGGAUCUUGCUUACGAGCGUGAACGUCGUCGAACUAAUACUGAUGAUGAUGGUUUGCCCCAAGAAGUCGUCGAGUAUUUAUUGUACUUCAAUAAGAUGGUUGAAGAAGAAAAUGUACCAGAAAUUCAUACCUUAUAUGAGCAAGCUUUCCCGGAUUUGACGGAGAGAUUUUUCCGUGAGCGCAUGUGGCCUGAUGAGCACACAGUGGAGAAUAUCAUUGGAACAGAUAACCGUAUCUUCAUCAUUCUAUAUAAAGAACUAUACUAUCGACACUUAUAUGCCCGUGCUCAGAGAGGACCUUCUCUUACUCAUCGUUACGAAUCUUUCAUGAAUUAUCAAGAUUUGUUCUCUGAGUUAUUGUCGAGCAAGGAACCUGUUCCCCUCUCCCUACCCAACAUUUGGCUCUGGGAUAUCAUCGAUGAGUUUGUUUAUCAGUUCCAAGCUUUCUGUCUUUACAAGGCUAACCCAACGAAACGGUCAGUUGAUGAAAUUGACGAGCUGAUGAACAUAGAGGAAAACCAAAAUGCAUGGAAUAUUUAUCCAGUGUUGAACAUCCUUUACUCUCUCCUUUCCAAGUCGCAAAUCGUUGAACAACUUAAAAUAAUCAAAGAGGGAGGUGACGCUGAUUCAGUCUGUGACCAAUUUGGUCAAUCUUCCUUGUAUUUCAAACUGGGUUAUUUUUCCCUCAUCGGCCUACUCCGAACACAUGUGCUCUUGGGAGAUUACCAUCAAGCUCUCAAGACGGUUGAGCAUGUUGAACUCGACCCUAAGGCCUUGUACAAUACCGUUCCAUCUUGCUACGUGACCCUUCAUUACUUUGUUGGAUUUUCUCAUAUGAUGAUGCGUAACUACGCUGAAGCAACUAAAAUGUUUGUCAACUGUCUUUUGUUCAUCCAGCGCACAAAGUCUCUUCAAACUCAACAAAUUAAAAAACAAAAUUUCCAAUACGAUGUUAUUGGAAAGACUUGGGACCAGCUUUUCCAUCUCCUGGCCAUAUGCUUGUCUGUUCAACCACAACGAAUCGACGAAUCCAUCGCUUCACAGCUCGCCGAACGAAGUGGAGAUAGAAUGAGCAGAAUGGCAAAUGGAGAUGUUGAUGAGUUUAAACAAGUUUUCCAAAUGGGUUGUCCCAAGUUUUUGAGUCCUACAACCGUAGUAUAUGAAGGAGCUAAUCUUUCUAAGGAACCUCUCCUUCGUCAAUCCCAAGCUUUCUUGGAAGGCAUUCAAUCACAAAUGGCUUUGCCAAUUCUUAGAGGUUACUUGAAGUUGUACACUUCAUUGCCAACUAAAAAGCUUGCGUCUUUCAUGGAUGUUGAUGACGCAGAGUAUGAUUCUUUCUUAGGCAAAUUAUUAGCCUAUAAAAUGAUUGUUAACGAGUUAGGCAAAGUAAACUUGGCUGCAGCCAAUGAGGAUGAUGAACCAAAUACGGAGAUUGAUUUCUAUGUUGAUAAGGGCAUGAUUUGUAUUGCCGAUACCAAAGUAGCCAGAAGAGUUGGAGAACAUUUUAUCCGUCACAUUCAAAAGCUGAAUGAGGUCCAAAAAAUGUUGAAAGACCUAGAUGUCAAGGCUUAA